AUGGCUAAAGAGUCGAAUAUAGUUGUUUGUGGUUCAGCUCGUGUUGGUAAAAGUACACUUAUUAAUGCAUUAUGUGGAAGAGAAUUAGCAAAAACAAGUAAUAGUUUAUCUUCAAAAACUGAUCGAAUGGAAAAGUAUAUAUUAAACAGAGAUUAUAUUUCGUCUAAUGAAGCUUCAAAUUCGAAUGAAAAUCAAUAUUCUAUAACAAUAUGGGAUACACCAGGAAUUGAAUCAUGGACAAAAGAACAUGUUCAAGAGCAUAUUUCAAAAAUAAUGAUGAAAAGUAAUCCAGUUUGUAUGAUUUAUUGUGCAUCACCUGGUUCAUUUGCUCGUCUUGAUCAGUUAGAAUGGAUUAUUGAAACGUGUAUUAAAUCAAAUAUUUAUUGUGCAUUAGUUUGUACAAAUAAAUAUAAUGGAGGUAGACAAAGUCGUGAACAAUUAUUAAAAGACUUUCAUUCUCUUCUUUCUCAAUAUCAACCAAUGACAAAAGAUGAAAAUAAUGUUAAAUAUUAUGGAGACGCUGCUCUUUGUACAACAGUUAAUAGCAUUCCAUUUGAAGAUGAAGAUCUCGGAGCACAAAAAGGAGUUGAAGGUAUUAAUGAACUUCUUUUUGGUAUAACAAGUUCGUUAAAAGGCGAUAAACUUAUUGCGUGGUGUCAUACAAUUGCUGAUAAUAAAUCAUUUUGGUCGACAAUGGUUAAUCAACUAACAGAAGUAUACAAAAUAGCUCGGCCAAUUGUAGAAGAAGCGCUUCAAAAACAUGGAAAUGAUAUUGCAAAAGCUUUAAUUCCACUUAUUAUUGGAGCUAUUCUUACUAAAAAAUAA